CACAUGUGUAACACCCUUAACUCUGACCAACACACACACACACACACACACACACACACACACACACACACACACACACACACGCACACACACACGCACACAGGCCAGCAAAAACCAUGUCCACGAUAGAAACAGAGCCCUGUUAUGAAGGAGCUACCGACUCUUGCUUUCCUGCCUUUUCUGGCUCUGACGAAUGUGUUUGUCAAGACAUGUGCGGCGCCUCCUGUGCGUCCCGUGCUGACGGGUCCUGGCAUGGCCUACCUCGGCUCCACCGCGCUCUUUAGCUGUGCUGCUCCCGGCGCCUCCUCGCCGCUCACGUACGACCUGACGCUGGACGGCGUCGUCACCAGGACCUCCCGCCGGGCCGAGCGGCCCGCGUCGUUCGCCCUCAGAGUCACCGAAAGGUCGGGCGGGUCGUACCGUUGCCUGGCGACGGGCGGAGGAGGCGCAGGGGCGAGCGACAGCGUCCGGCUGACUGUAGUCACUCCACCGUCAAACACCAGGGUGACCUCUGAACCCUCGCCCCCGGUGGUUUACGAGGGAGCACGCGUCACCCUGAGCUGCGUCGUCACCAGGGGCUCUCACCUCUCCUACACCUGGCUGUUCAACAGAAGCGAAAUAACAUCCCCUUCCUCCUCCUUCAACCUCCAGGGAAACACACUAGAGAUAGCGCAGGCGGCCCCGGAGCAGGCCGGGCUCUAUUCUUGCAUGGCCUGGUCCAGAAUAGGAGACGUCAGCAGGUUUUCCAGCAGCUCAGAAAUCCUGGUGACGGUCAAAGUCUACGUUUCAAAACCGAGGAUCUCUUUCUCCGUCUUCAAAGAGGGAGACGGUUACCGGGGCAACGUGACCUGCUGGUCCCGGCGAGGGAGUCCUCCGCUCAAUUUCUCUCUGUCAGUGGACGACAAAGAAGUGGGAUCUGUCACAGCAGCGGAGCGCCCCGCUGCCUGGUUCUCUGUGGCCGUGGUCCCUGGGCUGGACAUGGGAGACGCACGAUGUCAAGUCAGCACUGACGUGCAGGAGUUGACCAGUGACUCUGUGACUCUGGAAGUGGUCCCAGUCGGAGGUGCUGCCAAGGUGGAGGUGGAGCAUCUGUACAGGGCUGACUCCAAACUGGCUGCCAUCAUUCUCACCUGUGGAGUGAGCAGAGGGACCUUCCCCUAUGUCUCAUGGCUGUAUAACGACUCCGUGCUUCCCGCCGAGGCGCACGCCGAGCCCCUUUUUCAGCCCGUCCUGCCUCAGUAUGUCCUCGCCGACCGUGGGCGAGCCCUCGUCCUCGCAGCACCUGGCCCACGGGAGUCUGGGUACUACUCCUGCAGGGUCAGGGACAGCUACGAUGAGGCGGGGCCCUGGGUGGAGAGUCCGGCUGCGCUGGUCCAUGUCACAGACAGGAUCCUUAACUCCAUGCCUCGAGCAACACCUUCCCCCGAAACACCACAAAACGUUCACAUCAGCAGCCUGGAGGUCAUCACCAUGGCGUUCUGCUGCUUCCUGCUUCUGAUGCUGGCAGUGGGCGUGGCCUGCGUUUACGCGAUGCUCCACCACAGGCACGGUGUGUGUUUGCCUGUUAACGUGAGGAACUCUGACGCCCUGCCACUGUCUGCGCCCAGCCGGGUCGACACGUCUGCAGAACGGGACGUGCAGAAUCAGAACCAGGUAAACGGGCCAGUGACUUUGAAUCAGAGUGAUCUUCAAUUCAUACAAUACAUGGAAAACACUUAUUAUUAGUUGUUAUUCACGAUAACAUUUUUUUACAUUGUUUGUAAAGCUUUUAUGAUUUAGUAUUAUAUGAUUAGACAAACUGGCUGGAUUCAAACAGGAACAUGCAUCCUGACUUUUGAGUCUCUCUCUGUUCA